GCCGGCGUGCCUGUCGACACCGACGAGUACUACAAGGUCAUCGACGCCAUUGAUUACCCCGGUGAUGCAGAAAGGCUGCUGAGGCAUCUGGAUCCCGGCAACAUGGGCUAUGUGAACACAAGAACCCUGCGCAUUCUCAACGAGCAGAAGAGCGAGGAGAAG